AGCAUGGCGGUGGAUCCGAGGCAGGUCCUGGCGGGGCUUUUGACGGUCUCCAUGUUCGCCAUGGUCGGGAACAUGAUCAAAAGAGAUCAUUUUGAUUCCAUCGAGGUGAGUCUUCAAGAUGUAUCAGGUGUUCCGGUUGAUGUGUUCAAGCCUGAAGAGAAGUCGAUUACCCAUGCAUUAAGACUGAGCGAAGGACAUAGGAAAAAGAGAAACCAGGAGCUUAAACCUUGCUGGAACAGACCAGUCUCGAAUGUAGAGCAGUCACGAGGUUACAUUACAUUCUCUCUAAGAAGUGGCCCAGAGUACCAUGUCUUACAGGUUACUGAUGCUGUGGUCAUUGCAAGAUAUCUGGGCGCCACACUGGUGCUCCCUGACAUCAGAGGAAGAAAGCUUGGUCAACAGAGGAACUUCCGAGAGAUGUAUGAUGCGGAUAAGUUCAUCCACCGCCUGAGUGGUGUCGUUAACGUAGCCGACCAGCUUCCGGCUGAAGUAGCAGCUCGGAUGCCAUCUCUUGUUCGAGUCCCUCAUGGCGUAUCUGAAGACUUCAUCAUCCAAAACAUCAAACCGAUCUUCCAAACCAGUCAUUACUUGAGGCUCGCGAGCUACUUCACCUCAGUCGAUUGGAGGAGAAGGGAGAAGCGCAACGGCGACUUGGAUUCCACCGCUUGCUUGGCCAUGUUUGGCAGCCUCGAACUGAAACAGGGGAUCGCCGAAGCGGCUGACGGGGUCGUGGACAGACUGCGAACGCUCAGCCGCAACAUCGGCAGCCGGUUCAUCGCCAUCGACCUCCGCAGUGAUGCUCUGGUGAAGAGAGGCUGCAAGGAGAGCGACGGCAGAAGCAAGGCUUGUUUCGGUGCACGGGAGACGGCAGAGUUCUUGAGGCGGAUCGGCUUCAACGGAGACAACCCCAUCUACGUAACCCAGACUCGGUGGGACGAAAGCCUCGACCCAUUGAGGGAGUUCUUCCCGAGGAGCUACACCAAGGACGAUCUGAUGCCUGCGGAGAAGAAAGGUGAGUUGGUCAGCUCAGGGAGCGAAGUGGAGAGAGCACUUGACCUCCUUGUUUGUGCCCAAAGCGAUGUGUUCGUGCCUGCAAUUUCUGGUCUGUUCUACGGGAACGUGGCCGGGAGGAGGAUAGCUUCGGGCCGCCCGGAAAUGGUGGUGCCAUCUCGAGGGCCGCCUUUCUCCGCCAGAGCUUCUGAUUUCGUCUCGAGCUAUGUCUCCAGGAGGAACCACGUUGCGUACUCGUGUUACUGCUAACGCCGUUCGCAGUCAUCUCCUCUACUGCUGCUCUGUGACUGUCCGAUCAUCGAAAGCGAGUCGCCGUAUUGAUGAACGUAUAUGGCAUAAUAAAAGCAAU